AGAUUUUCCAUCUUUCUAACGCCACUUCUACUUUUUCUUCGUAAGCAUAACGACGCUUUCUUGGGUUAAAAUUCCAAAAUGUCUUUCAGACGAGAUUUCAAGGAUGGCAAGUGGCCUUUUGGUGGACAAGGAGGGCCGGAUGUUGUACCCUCUCCGACAGGAGCAGCUUGUGUCAAGAUUAGUGAAAUUCUGGCCUCAGCUGACGAACAUGCAGGAGAGUAUUCGUUCGGUGGUCUAGCUCAUACUCUCCCAGUCAUCUCUGGACUAUUUGUCAACGACGUUGGGAUAAUUCCGUUCCCACUUGCUCCAGACCACGCAGAGAAGUUGAUUUCGAGAUGUGAAAAGUCUCCUUUCGGACACAACAUGGACACGAAGAUGGAUGAGAACGUCCGGAAGAGUUGGCAACUGCAGCCUGAUCAAGUGGAGUUCAGAAACCCAUUAUGGCAAGAAGGGUUGGACAAAUUGACGAAGACGAUCGCUACGUGUUUGGGUUACAAGGGUGUUGCAUUGCGCGGUGUUCUCUACAAGCUGCUCGUGUACGGAGAGGGAGGCCACUUCCUGAAACAUCAAGAUACGGAGAAAGAAGACGGCAUGAUUGCGACGCUGGUUGUUCAACCUCCGAGUACUCACGAAGGAGGAGACUUGAUCGUGUAUCGAAACGGACAAGUGGAGCACCGCCACGAUUUCGGCAAAGCUGACGGUACUGCAGCCUAUUUCCCACACUACGCCGUGCACUAUUCGGAUGCUGAACAUGCUCUGGAGGAAGUGACGAUAGGCUAUCGUCUUGUGUUGGUGUAUUCGAUUUGUCUUCCGAAGUCGUUGAGCCACGUGAAACGAGACCCAAAUGUGACGAUGACGGAUAAGCUCGCCAAUGUGAUCAAUAGUAUGGGACCAGAAAAUGAACAUUUUGCUCUAUUGCUAUCGCACGAGUAUACUAAGAAGAGUAUUGGGGAGAUGGGUACUGCAGCUCUGAAAGGAAUCGAUUGUGCGCGAUUUCGUAUGCUUGAAGAAGCGAACAAUUUCGUGUUAAGUGAUAAGAAACUUCGGUUCUUCAUUGCAAAGCUCGUGGUCAAGGUCGAUGCCUGGCUUGAUGAGUAUGGUUGGGACCGCUGUGGCUACCAGGAAGCCCUUCAUUGGUACAACACAACAGGGGAAAGCUUGGGACAUAUCGAAUCUUCCUUGAAAUUCAACUUUUUGAAUCCUGGACGUGAAUCGCUGCUCCAAAUGUGGAAAUCUUAUGGAGAUUCUGAAGACGCCUACACUGGUAAUGAUGGACCAGUCAAACGUACGAAAUACUCGAGAUUUGCGAUUGUUGCGUGGCCUGCUAAUCAGCAUCUGAUGUAUAUGACGAUAUUUGUGUCUGCGGAGAUCGCAGUGGAAGAGUUACUUCGACAGAGACCUGUUGGAGCUGUAUGUCUUCGCGAUCUUCUCACCAUUACCACCACCAAGGAUAGGUGGGGAAAAGUGAAUGCGCUUGGAUAUAUGCCGAAGGCUUCACUCCGAUUCUGUCGCUCUUUCUUCGAGCUACUGGUGGAUACUAAAGAUGUGGAGCUGGCAAAGAUGUUUAUUACCAAUUUUUGUCCAAACCUGGGUGGUUUGGCAGAGAACACAACACUAGUCCCCGUCAUAGCCAACAUUGUGCGUACUUUUGCGUGGGAUGACAUUGGCGAUACAUUGCUAGCCUUGUUCCAACAACACAGAUACGAUACGAAGGGUGUUUCGGAUACGGAACUGCUGCUGCUUGUGGCCAGCCACUUGGAUGGCGGAUUUGCCAAGACAGCUACGAUCACCGCGGCUAUGGCAAAAGCCGAGUAUGCCAUAAGAUUUAGUGAAGCGGUUGAAGUCUUGUGGCAAGUCGUUCGAUCCGGUGACGACCAAAAUUUUGAAAUGGUGACAACCAAAAUUCAAAAGAGGGAUCCACGUGAGCUUGGACCAUUUGUGGAGGUGUGUUUGCACUAUACUAGCGACUACGAUCGAUCAAGUGAGCAGUUUAAAGCGCUUCAAAUGAUCGCUGGAAAGCGAAUGGAAUGGUUGAAGGGAGAGAUUCAGAGACUGGAUAAGGUUGAUAAGGUUUUUUCGUGGAGAAUGCCCUACGCCGAGGGAGAAGACCAAAAAGAAAUUGAGCCAUUUCUACGAGGUCCGGAAGAAUCUACGACGGUUAAAGGGAUAAUAAUGUAUGGCGGCGAGCUAAGGGAGUUUAUUGGGUUAUAUGAAGCGAAAAGGUAUGCGAAGACAAUUCUCGAGGAUCUGAAAGAAUGUUCAUUUAGGACCGAAGUUGGCGAAGACAGGAUUCCUUUUGUGGCGAUCACAAAAACGCGGGAGUGGUUCGAGGACGCCCAGAGGAAGCUGGCUAAAUUCAAAGCAGAGUUGUUUCGUCUGCACGAAAGUUACUGAUGUAUGACGAGUUUGACAAGGGAAUUCGUCAUUUUAAUGUUAAAAAAAAACAAUAACGUUUUUCGUGGCGUAUUUACUUACUUGAAACGAGCU